CAAACCUUGCCGCCCCAUUCAUAUCAUCAAAUCCCUGCAGUUACCUAGUUCCAAAACAGACACACUACACUACUUCUUGAUCGAGCGAGAGAUUGAGAAAUUAAAUGGCUGCAGCUGCUCCACCGCCGAACCCGGUGCCGGUGGCCUACCAGGCAUGGACAUCAGCAGCGGUUCCUGACUGGCUGAACAAAGGGGACAACGCAUGGCAACUAAUAUCAGCCACCCUGGUCGGGCUGCAGAGCAUGCCGGGACUGGUGAUCCUGUACGGCAGCAUCGUGAAGAAGAAGUGGGCCGUGAACUCGGCCUUCAUGGCCCUCUAUGCCUUCUCUGCCGUGGUCAUCUGCUGGGUGUCCUGGGCCUACAAGAUGUCCUUUGGGGACAAGCUCCUCCCCUUCUGGGGCAAGGCCGACCUUGCCCUAGGCCAGAAGUUUCUCAUUAAGCAGGCCGCCCUGCCCGAGACUACCCACUACCACCACGACGGGUCCGUGGAGACACCAAUGGUGAAUCCGUACUUCCCCAUGGCAUCCAUGGUGUGGUUCCAGUGCGUGUUUGCAGCCAUAGCAGUGAUAUUGCUAGCUGGAUCGGUGCUUGGCAGGAUGAAUAUAAAGGCAUGGAUGAUGUUUGUACCGUUAUGGCUCACCUUCUCCUACACUGUCGGGGCGUUCAGCCUGUGGGGCGGAGGCUUCCUCUUCCAUUGGGGCGUCAUGGACUACUCCGGGGGUUACGUCAUCCACCUUUCCUCUGGGAUUGCCGGCUUGACUGCUACUUACUGGGUGGGGCCGAGGUCAGCAAAGGACAGGGAGAGGUUUCCACCCAACAACGUGCUGUUGACGUUGGCAGGGGCAGGGUUGCUGUGGAUGGGAUGGGCUGGGUUCAACGGCGGAGACCCUUACACCGCCAACAUUGAUGCUUCAAUGGCCAUCCUGAACACCAACAUAUGCGCGGCAACAAGCCUUCUGGUAUGGACUUGGCUCGAUGUCUUAUUCUUCAAGAAACCUUCCGUCGUCGGAGCUGUCCAAGGAAUGAUCACUGGCCUUGUCUGCAUCACUCCCGGUGCAGGGCUUGUUCAGGGGUGGGCUGCUAUUAUCAUGGGAAUCCUAUCGGGAAGUGUCCCGUGGUUCACUAUGAUGGUCGUGCACAAGAGGUGGUCCCUUCUUCAGAAAAUCGAUGACACCCUCGGAGUCUUCCACACUCACGCCGUCGCCGGCUACCUGGGAGGUAUCCUCACGGGCUUGUUUGCUGAGCCUGAGCUGUGUGCCCUCUUCCUGCCGGUCACCAACUCCAGAGGAGGCGUCUAUGGUAGAUCAGGCAGGGUGCAGAUCGCGAAACAGCUGGCCGGCGGCGCAUUUAUCAUUGGGUGGAACAUCGUGGUCACGUCCAUCAUCUGUGUGGUGAUAGGCUUGGUGAUGCCACUAAGGAUGCCCGACGAGCAACUGCUCAUCGGGGAUGAUGCCGUGCACGGUGAGGAAGCAUAUGCACUGUGGGGUGAUGGGGAGUUAUAUGAUUCAACCAAGCAUGAAGCUUACACGGAUGAUACCAGCUUGCAUCCCCGUCUGGCGGCAACCAGCGGUGCUACUCAGAUUGUCUAAGGGAGGUGAUAUAUAGAUAUAAUAGCUAGAACUAUAAUUUAUAUAUGGUCAAAAAAGAACUAGAAUUCAUAUAUGAUCAUACAAAUCCGUAUUCCAUUCAAGGGCAAUCAGGGAUAUGUACAUAUAUUGUGUUCUCGUGAUCAAUAAUGUUCUAAUUAAGCUGGGGAGAAGCGUGUGGUGUGAAUAGUGGCUGCCUUGAUCCAAUAGGGGUUGGCACAUUUUAUAUUUAUAAUCUCAAGAAUACAGAGUG